UUUCACAGUCAACACAUUAAAGCAAUUUAAUCUGAAAUCAACUUUCUGCAGGAGAAACUUGACGGUUAACACGGUACGAAAGGUUCAAACCAAACCCAGCUUACCAAGACCAAUCAAACAAAAACAAUUACUCACCAAUAACAACACGAUCUACAUUCUACUUCUUUCUUUUUCUCCAAUCCAACGAGUUUCUUAAUUCUUUCGCCCCUGCUAUUGGUUUGGGAUGCCUUUUCUUAGAAGAAUUGCAGGAUUUCUAGGAUUAGCUAAAGAUAAUGUUACCCAAGUAAAAGAAGACGAAGUCGAUGAUAGUCCAGUCAAUAACCCCCCUAAAUUUCAGGAAACCGGUCUUCCUCGUAAAGGUUUUGGUGUGCAGGUACAAGUCCCUGUGGAACGGCCUCAGCACGGUCCUGUUUUUGUCCCUUGUACUUCAGGCGACGGUGGCGUCCAGGGUUUAGGAUGGUAUGCAAAACGGCUUAGGAUAGAUGAAGACGGAGACGUGGCAGAUGAGUUCCUUGAUGAAGUGUCAUCACAUACAUCUGCCAAUGUGGAAGAGCAACAUAGGACAUUGCCAACAUUCAAAGUAAGGUACAGUACCAGACCAGCUAAAGUGCAGAACCAGGUGUUGACCCCUGAUGGCAAAAUCCAGCAAUGUGUGGAAUACCAAGGUAGAUUGCAAUGGGUUUGAAAGACCUCGACAAGCUUACAGGUUUUAAAUUUGAUACCAAUAAUAUUUUAAGUUUAAUUCUUUUGGGUAUAUGAUCUUUCUACUACUGUUGUGGAACCCUGUCAUGUUCAUGUUCGUUGUUUAGAAGGGUUUCUUCAACUUCUUUAUUGAGGAUUUUGAUCAACUGAGUUCUGUAUACACAGUAAAACUGAUUUGUAUCAAUCAAAAGCUCCUUGAUUUACCUUGAAUCGGCUUUUGGUUAUAGAAGAAACUAUGAAAUACAGAUAAAUAAUAACCAAUGGCGAUGAGAUUAAGUUGA